CAUAAAAAACACCGCGACCUCCUUCAUCAUCUACACUCGUUGUCUUCUCCCACUUUCUACCUCUUUCUUCCACCCGUCUCCAUCUCAGACCUCACUUCACUUCUGGAACACCCAUGGUUGGACGAGGAGGAGGAGGAGGAGGAGGAUUCUUUCUUCCAUGUUUCGGAUCCCGGAUGCCCGAUUCCGAACCCGAACCCGAACCCGAUCGCGACCCGGUUCUGCUCGUCUCCGGCAUUGGCGGCUCCAUCAUUCACGCCAAGAACAAGAAAUUCUUCGGCUUACAGACCCGCGUAUGGGUCCGAAUCUUCUUGUCUGACCUGGUGUUCCGUGAGAACCUCAUUUCCAUCUACAAUCCCGACACAGGCUAUACGGAAUGCGUGGAUGAUAACAUAGAAAUUUUGGUCCCUGAUGAUGAUGAUGGCCUGUAUGCGAUUGAUAUUUUAGAUCCAUCUGCGGUGGUAAAAUGCCUCCAUGUGGAUGACGUUUAUCACUUUCAUAAUAUAAUUGAUAUGCUUGUUGGAUGCGGCUACAAGAAGGGAACGACAUUGUUUGGUUUUGGUUAUGAUUUCCGGCAGAGUAAUAGAAUUGGCAAGGCUAUGGAUGGUCUUAAAGCGAAGCUGGAAACUGCUAGUAAAGCUUCUGGUGGUAGAAAAGUGAACAUAAUAUCUCAUUCUAUGGGUGGGCUGCUACUUUCGUGUUUCAUGUCACUCCAUAAUGAUAUUUUUUCCAAAUACGUAAAUAAGUGGAUUGCUAUAGCUUGCCCUUUCCAAGGAGCACCAGGAUGCAUCAAUGAUUGCCUGCUGACUGGAUUGCAAUUUAUCGAAGGCUAUGAAAGCCAAUUUUUCGUAUCUAGAUGGACAUUUCACCAGCUGUUGGUUGAAUGUCCUUCAAUUUAUGAGAUGCUGGGAAAUCUAGGAUUUAAUUGGCAUGCACAACCACAGAUCCAAGUUUGGCAAAAGAGUUCUGUUGAUGGGAAAACUUCUGUUGAAUUGAAAUCAUAUGGCCCAACUGAUAGCAUUGCUUUAUUCGAAGAAGCAUUAAGAAAUAACCAGAUAAAAUUUCAUGGAAAGACUAUUCCUCUGCCCUUUAACUUGGAUGUUCUCAAAUGGGCUACUGGUACUCGCCAAGUAAUUGAUAAUGCAAGCCUACCAGAUGGAAUCUCCUUCUAUAAUAUUUAUGGGACAUCGUUCGAUACGCCUUUUGAUGUGUGCUAUGGUUCCGAGUCGUUGCCGAUUGAGGACUUGUCUGAAAUCUGCAAAACUUUGCCUCAGUAUUCUUAUGUGAACGGAGAUGGUACAGUUCCCAGUGAAUCAGCCAAGGCGGAUGGUUUUGAAGCAACUGAGAGAGUAGGAGUCGCAGCGAGUCAUCGAGGGCUUUUGAAGGACGAAACAGUGUUGCAGCUUAUCCAGAAAUGGUUGGGAAUUGAUGAGAAGGUUAGUAAACACCUAACAACUUCCAAAGUGUUCGAUGCUUCUCUGAAGUAGAAGUGUGGCUAGUGUAAGUUUAAAAAUAAGGCAUAAAUAUUGUAUUAGUCAUUUGUAUUCUAGCAUAUCAGUAGAAUCAUAAUGACGAAAUAGCCCAAAUUAAGGAUAGAAACACAUACAUACAUGACUAGCGUGCUUUACAAACA